AUGCCCUUCUUUGAACAGCUGCGGCGCCGCUCCAAGGCUAGCUUCCGCACAGCCAGGUCCCAGUCCCACGAGUCCAAGUCCAAUGGGUCGCAAUCCAAUGGUGAAGUCCCGUCCGGACAAUCCUCAUCGACCCUCGAGACCGCUUCCUAUAGCUCCGUGACGCCCCCUUCAUCCAUCAAACCCACUGUCUCAUCUUCAAACCUUCCCUCGUUGAGUGAAUCCAAUGGCAGCUCAUCAAAUGGCAAUGGUUCGCUCGCUCCUCAGCGACCAGCCCUCGUCACGUCUCCGGUCCAGCGCAAUAGCAUGGUCGGUGGGAGCCCCAUGUCCGGUCAUAGCAGCAUGCGAUCCCCAACACCUUCCUCGCCAUAUGCUCCCCGCAUCGUGUCCAUCGCGGACAAUGCUUGGAUCGCAGACCCGCGACUUCAUCCGCUCGAUGGUACUGUUACCGUGUGUCACCAUCAGGAUGCGUUCCCUGCUAUGACCUGGCCGGUGACGUCGUCUCAUUUCAAGGCCUUGGUACACCUUGUUCCGGGGCCUAAUCGCCUGCGUUUUGACUUCGUUUCCACCAAAUUGUCUGCGGGGAGCGCCCAUCCAGCAACCCAUUCCUCUUGGAUCUGCAUCAAUUACCUUCCACUAGUCAAUACCCCUCCACUGCAUCUGGUCGUCUUACUGGGGAGGGACUCCGACGGGACCUUUGACUCUACCCCAGAGAAGAUACAGCGAGAGGGCAACGACUUGGAAACCGCCAUUCGCAAGUACCGGACCGCCGCGUAUCUCUGGCAAGCGUUUACGGGUGAACAGAUGUUCCGCAGCAACUUUGGCCGGCGCUGUUUCCGGUUUGAGGAAGAGUGGCAGACCGGCACCCUGAGUCGCCGCGAUCUAGCAAAUGGGACCAUGCGGAAUGAGGCGAAAGUGCAUGUCGUUCGCACCGAUAAGACGGUUGCGGAGCUGAGAGACCUCAAUAUUGCCCAACAGCAUGGUCCGGCCACCAAGAAAGAUGAGCUAUUCAAAAUCGCAAAAGACGCUGUGAAGGACUAUUUCCAUCUGAGCCCCGGUCAAAAGCAGUACAUCUCAGUGCUUCUUAUGGACGCCCAUUGGGACACAGCUUCACAGACAGUCACCGGCCACGCAGCCCUAGGCUCCGGCGGGGGUGAUACCAAGAUGGCCAUCUUCGGUUCUCACUGUCUGCACAGCUAUCCAACCUGCCUUGAAGAUGUAGUCGACGCCUUCUCGGACUGCACGCGGACUAACACCGAGCUUGUGGCGAAUGACUGCGGAGAAGCUGGCUCCAGCUGGGAGGCCGCAAACAUUGGCAUUGGAGCACAUCUGCACGAAGUCGGCCAUCUGUUCGGGUGUCCCCAUCAAGAGUCGGGGAUUAUGCUUCGCGAUUAUGUGCGUUUCAACCGGUCCUUCGUCACUCGUGAACCCUACUCGACUCGCACCAAAACGCAAGGCCUGAAGUUGUGCCUCCCACAGGAUGAGUGCAGCUGGCACCGACUAGACGCCUUACGCUUCCGUUUCCAUCCAUGCUUUCGGCUUCCUGGUGAUGCGCCUGUCAGUUCAGACGACAGUGUCCAAGUGUGGCCCGUUGAAAAUGGAAAGAUCCUGAUCACCGCUUCCUCGGGGAUCGCAUUUGUGGAACUGUACGCGGAGGGGGAGCAGAUGUGCCACAAUUUUAUGGAGUAUGUCAACACCGAAUCGAGUAGCAACGGACUUCCCAAACAGAUCACCGUCACGGAAAGCGAGCUUCGACAAAGGGUGUUUGGCAACGAAAAGGAGAGGAAAAAGAAUAUCAAGAUGACAAUCGUUUCGGGGGCACUCGGCAGUCAUACCGUCGAUUCUAUCAGUUCACUGAAGUCCAAACUAUCCCUGGUUAAACUUCCCAAGGGUCACACAGGGUAUAGAGGUAGUAAAUUAGGGUUUUCUCAGCUCGAAGGCAGCGAGCCGCAGCAACUUCUUUUGGACUGCGCGUUCACGUCCACCAAACUCCUCACCUCGAUCAGGGUAUACCAUGGAGCGGCCCUCGAUGGGUUGGAAUUUUUCUACGAAGAUGCCACCAGUCAGCUGUUUGGAAAACGGAGUGGGAAGGCUGGUGGUGAUGAUUUUGUCCUCGACACCCGUCGUGGAGAGAUCUUGCUUGGUUUCUACCUCCGUGCUGGAGUAUGGAUUGAUGGCAUUGAAAUCCUGACAAGUCUGGGAAGGAAGUCUGGUGUUUUUGGUAACGCCGAUGGCGGAUCAGGAUACACUUUGAUUCCCCCGCUGGGCUACAAGAUCGCCGGUAUUUCAGGGUCUUGCGGUUCUUGGGUCGACGGUUUCUCAUUGAUCAUAAUGCACUGA